UACUAAUACUUAGAACCAACAAUGUCUUAUGCUGAUUACAAAUGGAUAUACGGGCACGGAGGUGGCCAACGCAAGAGCGACCGGGAUGCCAAGUACGACAAAUAUGGGGACAGAGAAGUCAUGGAGGCUGAAAUCGAAAAGGAAGCCAUAAUGCUUUGCAAUGCUAAAUAAACUUGAGAAAAUCAUGGGUUAUAAAGGAUAUUUCGAGUUUUUGAACAUAGAGUACCCCUCUCCAGUAUAUUUCGAAGGAAUGCUUUAUGCCUCAGCGUCUCAUGCUUACCAUGCUGCUAAGUCCACUGAUGAAGUAGUGCGAAGGAGGAUUUCAAAAAUGUCGAUGAUAGAAGAUUUGAAUAACACCAAGAAGUCUUCACUUAUAACCACUAUUGUAGAGCCAGAAGAUUGGAAGCUGAGAAGGCUCGGAGUCAUGGAAACUGUGAAUAGGGAUAAAUUUAGGAGAAACAAAGAACUGAGAGAGAAAUUAUUAGCUACCCAAGGAAGAGAGCUUGUCAAUGUGGUUCCUUUGGAGCAUGACUCUGAGGACAGCUUGUUCUGGGGAGUUAUCAAGAACCAAGGGCAGAACCAGCUUGGAAGGAUACUUGAAAAUAUCAGAAAAGAUGCUAUCCUUAAUAAGGAACUGGAGAAAUGGGUAUGCUGUAAUUUUAGACUUCAAACUGACAGAAAAGCUAUCCCAAUCGUUAAAUUCGAUGUUUAUAAGGGUGGUAGUGUUCUUGAGAAGAUCGAACUAGAAGGAAGAUCUUAUUUCGUAUUUGGAUCAAGAGAGGAAACAGCAGAUAUUGUAAUGCUGCAUCCAUCAAUCUCAAGAACCCAUGCUCUUUUAGUAAUAGAUUGUGAUUCGAAUGUGAUUCUCAUCGACCCUGGUUCUAAAGCUGGUACCCUAGUCGAUGAGGUUCCGAUAUCUAAUAACAUGCCGUAUAUUCUGAAAAAGGAUCAGAAAAUAAAGUUCGGUCAAUCAACUAGAGAAUACCAAAUAAGUAUUGACUAUUCAAAGAGUCUAAAUUUCUUCGAACAAGAGAAGAGCAAGCUUGAAAAGGAUCUUAAAAUCCUAGAGAACCUCGAGGGUGAAGAUCUCGACCUCGAUACUCUCCAAAAAUCUCUAGGCUUGAACAAGAACGAUACCGUCUGGGUUGGGAACCUACUUCCGAGUAUCAAAGAGGACGAACUCAGGGAGAUCUUCGAAGAAUGUGGCAAGAUUAAGAGUAUCAGAAUCCCUGAAGACUACAACACUAAGCAAGGGAAGGGGUUUGCCUUCAUUACUUUCUCUGAUGAUAAAGGAGCCAAGAGUGCUCUCUCAAGGGACGGAAUCCCUCUGUACAAGAAAUUCUUAAAAGUAUCGAUUGCUGAAAACAAACCUGAGCUAGAGUCUAGGUCAAGAAAGGGUUUUAGAGAAGAAAGCAAGGAGAGGAGAAGAAGACGUAGAAGAAGUGACUCUAGAGAGAGAAGGAGAAGAAAUCCGAGGAGAAGAGAUUCCUUUGAUACUUAUGAUGAUUAUAAAAGAAAGAAGUAUAGGAGAGACAGGAAAAGAAAGAGAAGUUACUCUGAUAAGUCUAGCUCGUCUUCGAAGUCUCAUGGUUCGAGGAGGAGAGAUAAAAGUUCGGAUUCAUCUAAUAUUGAACAUUAGACAUUCAAUUUUG